CCUCCUCUCUUUGCUGUUGUUUUCUAUCUCUAGAGACCCCAUCUCUAGAAAGAGAAAGCAGCAGGACGGAGGAGGACAAGCAAAGCUACCGGCCGGCCAGACCCUAAAGAUUGACCUGAUAUUGCAUAAUAAGAGAAUUUGCUGCUGCAAGAUGGCUGCUGGAUCCUAGAAAUUUCUGCUGUGUGCUCAAGCCAAGCAUGAUGGGUGGAGGAGAGUUCAAGAGCUCUUUGCUGCAGCAGAUGAUGUGGAGUGGUGGUACAGACAGCAAGAAUAUGAUGAGUAGUUUGAUGCCUUGUGCCGAGGAGCAAGAGGCCUCCAACAACAAGAUGCCACCCUUAUCUUCUCCUUCCAUGCUCCUCCCCCAGCACCUCCUUCAAAUCUCUUCUGGUCUGGCUCCUGAGGUGAACAGCGCUGCGACUUCUCUUGCAAGCAGUGAUCUGCAUGAUGGGCGGGAGAGCAACAUGCCAGAGUCAUGGAGCCAGCUGCUUCUUGGGGGAUUAGUUGGAGAUCAUGAGAGAUACAGCGCCGCCACAGCUCUACUGUCAAAAGGAUUAGAGGAGGGACCUAUGCCUAAUCAGGGUGCUGCAGCAGCUUACAAUUUCUAUGGCCAUGGUGGUGGUGGUGGUGAGGAGAUCCAGACAUCGGGUACCAACAAAUCUCAGGUGGCGUCCUCUCCUAGGUCAUGCAUCACCGCAAGCCUCGGCAGCAACAUGCUAGACUUCUCAAACAGCACAGUGCAGGCACCCGAGGUGAAGAAUCAUCACUCCGAUAACUCUUCUGAGGGUAACAGCACUGCAAGUGGUUCAGCUCCAAAGAAGGCUAGGGUUCAAACCUCUUCUUCAGCACAAUCUACUCUAAAGGUAAGAAAGGAGAGGCUUGGGGAUAGAAUAACAGCACUUCACCAGAUAGUAUCCCCAUUUGGAAAGACUGACACUGCCUCCGUACUACAGGAGACUAUUGGCUACAUUAGGUUCCUCCUGAGUCAAAUUGAGGCUCUCAGCUUCCCGUACUUGGGCCAUGGCAACGGAAGCUCCUCCAUGCAACAACACACCGUAGCAAGUUUGCUGAACCACAGCACUAGCAUUGGCACGGUAGAAGCUCAAGGCCCCACCGAGCAGGACGAGGGAGACGUUGGUGACGAGGAGAGCAAGAAGGAUUUGAGGAGCAGAGGGUUGUGCCUGGUACCGGUGUCGUGCACGUCGCACCUGGCCGGCGACGACAGCGGCGCCUCCGACUUCUGGGCGGUGGCCGCGGCGCCACCGCCGCCGCCGCCGCCGCUCGGCAGCAUCAUCUGGCGAUAGGACCGCAUCGAUCGAUCAUCAGCCGACGCAUGGAUAUCUCCGGCGACGAUUCUCCGCCGCGCGCCGCCGUCCAUUGCACUGCAUGUAUACCGUAAAUAUACACCAUGCAUUACUAUUACUUUUUUCGCUGAAUUUUGGUUGCUGCUUGCUAGCUUCAUAUAUCAUGUGUUGUGAUUCAGAUCACCAUGCGUGGAGCUAGCUAGCAGCUACCAGCUCUGUAUACCCAUGAAUUGAGUAUACGCGUGCGUACGUGUAUACGUAUAGGCGUACGUACGUAGGGUUGAGAUGAUGAUUGAGCACAUGCAUAUCAUCAGGAGCCGUCAUUCUGUCGCAGCUGCAUGCAGUGUAUAACUAAGCAGCUAGGCUGAUUGCUCUUGAUGGUAUGCAUAUAUGUAUAUGUACACUAUACCUUUUCAUAUGUAUGUAUAUGUGCGGGCUGUGACUAGCUGCCCCUGUGUACCUUUUGAAGAAUAA